AUGCCGAGCCACUCGCUCGAAAUACUUCUCGUUGUAUGUGCUGUAUGCUGGUCGAUAUGGCACCUCGUGCGCGCGCGGCAGCCUCGAGUCUCGCUCCGUUCGGUCGCCAUCCUGGUUCUGGGCGACAUUGGAAGGAGUCCACGGAUGAUGUACCACGCGGAGAGCUUUGCGUCGAUUGGCUUUGAAACGUACGUUAUUGGCUACGCGGGUGCAAAGCCUUUCUCGUCGCUGCUCUCUAUCCCCCAUGUCCGCUUCUUCUACCUAUCUCAGCCGCCCAGAUAUAUUGCCUCAUGGCCGUUCAUCGUUGCUGCCCCUCGCAAGGUGUUACACCAGGUACUCAGCAUACUCAACACACUCCUCGUGCGCAUUCCGCACCCGCCAGAGUUCAUCAUAGUGCAGAAUCCGCCUAGUAUCCCUACCCUUGCUCUCGUUUGGCUCGUCGCCAGACUCCGAGGCAGCAAGGUCAUCAUUGACUGGCACAAUCUGGGCUACAGUAUCCUCGCCCUGAAGCUCGGUGACAACCACAUAUUCGUCAAAAUAGCAAGAUGGUUCGAGUCGUACUUCGGACGGACUGCUUACGCCCAUCUGUUCGUGACACGAGCGAUGCGCGACUUCCUCGUGAGGGAGUGGGGUCUGCAAGGCAUCAAGGUUGUCCUGCACGACAGACCGCCAGCACGCUUCCACCGCGCCUCUCCGAGCGAGAUGCACGAGCUCUUCCUUAAGCUGCGCAGCGUCUUGGCGAUCCCGGCGUUGAACUCGUUCCUCCCACCAAGUAGCCCGCCAUACUCUACGGCGUUCACCUCUAUGCCGCGCUCCAGCCUGCUCCCUUCAGAGCCCGGACACCCGUCUGACGAUACUGGUAGCAGCAUUAGCUUGGACCCGGAACCAGACAUGGAAGAGGGCGUAGAUCGACUAGCGAUGGGCACUACGCCCAUGCCGGCUUUGCGCUCGGACCGUCCGGCGCUGAUCGUCUCCAGCACGUCGUGGACGCCUGACGAAGAUUUCGGUAUUCUCCUGGACUCUAUGAUCCUAUACGAAAAGCGCGCCCGCGAACUCAGUCAAGAGCGCCGGGCGGAUGCACCGCGAAAAGGCCUUCCAAGAUUGCUCGUGAUCGUGACGGGAAAGGGUCCGCUGCGCGAUGAGUACAUGCAAAAGAUCGGCAAUAUGCAGAGCGGAGAAAACGGGGAGGAAGCUUGGCGGUUCGUUCGCUGCGUGAGCUUGUGGCUCGAAGCGGAAGACUAUCCGCUGUUACUCGGCUCCGCCGAUCUUGGGGUAUCGCUACACUCGAGCUCUUCCGCGCUCGAUUUGCCCAUGAAGGUGGUCGAUAUGUUUGGGUGUGGUCUACCUGUCUGCGCGCUCGGCUUCGCAUGCUUGGAUGAACUGGUGAAAGACGGUGUCAAUGGACUCGUAUUCCACAACGCAGAACAGCUCGCCGAGCAACUAGAAAGCUUGCUCUCGUCCCAUCCGCAUUCUCAGCCCAUUGAGGAGCUGCGAUCGUCGCUACAACACGCCCAGCCACUAUCGCCUCGCUCUCCGGCGCGCGAGGAGGAUCCGGAGCACUGGGGAACGUGGGCGCAGAACUGGGACAGCGUCGUGCGCCCCUUGGUCCUGCGCGACGUAGCGGAGACGGCGCAUUGA